AUUGGGUGCCACUCCCGCAGCUGACCCCGAAAUACCCUAGUGGCGGCGGCGAUGGACGAGCGAGGCGGCGGCGGCGGCGGCGGCGGCGGCGCGGAGGCGGAGAGGUGGCCGUGGUGGGCGGCGGCGAGCGCGGCACAAGUGGGGACCGGGGUCGCGUGGUUCAGGCGGGGCAAGGGCGGCGCGGAGGUGGCGAUGCCGUUCAAGGCGUUCGCCAUCGCCUCCCUCUUCGUCGGCGCCGGCGCCACCGCCGUCGCCGCCGGAGUGCUCGCCGCGGGCGUCGGAUCGGUGGAGGACAUGAAGGGCAUCGGCGCCAACAUCCGGAGGUGGAUGGGAGCUCCUCCUCGCCGAGUGGGAGGUGACUGACUAGUGACAGCAUGCCGCAACUGUGAUUUGGACGAGAAAUUUCAGUCCUGCUAGGAAACUAGUAGAAUUCUGGGUGGCAGAUGUGAUCUGGAUUGCUUCACAUUUGUGAGCUAGGUGUCUGCCAUUCUGAAUUGGUGUGCAAAGGAGUAAUAAGAUGACUGUUGUAGUGUACUACUCCUACCUUGUAUCACAAGCUUAUUAUUUUGAUCAAAAUCUACUUCUCCUUCGUUCCAUAGACCAUAGUGCGCAUACUACUUUACUCUCUUUGCUGAAUUUUCUGAAAUGCAAACUGUCUGAAACCAAUUUCUACCAUAUAGGUGAUUCGAAAGACCACAAAUUCGUGACAGGACGCCCUGAAUUUUGGGCGCACGUAACAACAAAAUAGCGGCGAGUCGGCUAGACACAGAGCAUCCUUGGGCCGCGGGAAUCGGAGGUCGUGGGGGUGGAGGAGCGGUUACCCGCCCGCGUUCGUGCGCCCGCUCCACCGCUGCCUGCGCCGCUUCGGGAAUCAAACCCGCCCGUCGGAUCGCCACCUGACGCUCCCGGUCGCGCCACGUGCGCCACUCCGUCCCCACGGGCCCCAUAAGGAGCACGGCGACGGCACAGCCCCUGUCCGGAACAGUUCCAUUGGGAGAGGAGAGAUCGUGCUCCUGCGUUGAGGCAAUGGCUCGAGCACCUGGCGGUGCCCGGCGGCGGGGCGGCAGGAGGGACGCGGCGGGCGGCGGUGCGGCGGUGCGGAAGGGGCCCUGGAUGGCGGAGGAGGACGCGGUGCUGCUGGAGCACGUGCGCGCGCACGGGCCCCGCGACUGGAGCUCCAUUCGAUCCAAAGGCCUCCUGCCACGCACCGGCAAGUCCUGCCGCCUCCGCUGGGUCAACAAGCUCAGGCCGAACCUCAAGACUGGCUGCAAGUUCUCCGCCGACGAGGAGCGGGUGGUGCUGGAGUUGCAGGCGCAGUUCGGGAACAAGUGGGCGAGGAUCGCCACCUACUUGCCGGGGAGGACGGACAACGACGUCAAGAACUUCUGGAGCACCCGCCAGAAGCGGCUCGCUAGGCUCCUGCGCGCACCGCUCCCCGCCCCGUCCAGCAGGAGCACCAGAGCCAAGGCGCCGGCGGCGGCCUCGUCUCUGCAGUCGCGCCCCGCCGCCGUGGGUCCCUGCCUGGACCGAGUUCCAUUCGGGAGCAGCUCCUCCGGCGUCCACCCAUGCAGCGCAGCAACACCAUUCAUGGACACCCAGAAUGCUGCCCUGAUCCAGUACGAUCAGGCAGCGGGCUCCGGGCUUCUCGGCUUCAACGGAGCGCUGCCGCCGUUCGCGCCGGUCGCCGACAGCCACGCGUGCUCCUCGUCGUCAAACGCGGGCCCGUUGUUGCUACCAAGGCUGCCGUUCGAUGAGCCUCCGUACCCUCUGCUCGACUACCCGGGGAUGCCGGAGGGUUGGAACAUGGCUCCCGGCGGGUUCGUCAACGCCGGCGCCAUGGAUGACCUCGCCUACCAGGAGCUGCUUCCGAUGAUGACGCAACCCGCUCCGAUGAUCUUUCCGUUCUUCGGCACGGGGUGCGCGCAGGGUGGUGUCAAGGCCGAGCCCCCGGACGCGCCCGACUUCUUCGACGACCUCCCGCCAGACAUGUUCGACUCCCUUGAUCAGGUGCCCCCGCCGUUGUCGCCGCCUGCGACGAGCUCUGGAUUCUGAGAUUGGCCUUCCCGAUGGACCAGUGCCUUGUUAACCAGUACUGUCUGUUCUGACGCUGCUGACCAGUACUAGCGGUUGCUGAAAGUUUAGCCUUGUGGACUAGAUUGCAGCCAGUUUAGUUAACCUCGCAGUGAUUCAGAUUAGAGCUUUGUGUUUGGAUAUGGAAAGUGCAAUGCUUCUAAUCAUAGAUGCAGAAUGUAAUAUGCAAGUAUUGAUCGAGUGAUUGUAAUAUGCUGUAAGAUUGGUAUCAGUCGAGUACAAGAGAUUUAAGAAAUUUAGCA